CGGUCUGGGAACCGCUCCAUCCCCACCCCUCUGAUAUAAAUAGGGCCUCGGUGGCCCAGCCAGGGGAAGAGGCUGUUCUUGUUUUGGGGACUCGAGCAGAAGGGAAGUGAGCGCCCCCGUCAGAGAUGGCUCCUGCCGGGGUGAGCCUGGGGGCCACCGCCCUCUGUGUCCUGGCCUGGGCCGGCCUGGCCGCCGGGGACCGGGUGUACAUACACCCCUUCCACCUCCUCGUCUACAGCAAGAGCAGCUGUGAGCACCUGGAGAAAUCCAACACGGAGAUGCCCCAAGACCCGACCUUCACGCCGGUCCCGAUUCAGGCCAAGACGUCCCCUGUGGACGAGCAGGCCCUUCGAGAGCAUCUGGUGCUGGCCACUGAGAAGCAGGAGGAGGAAGACAGGAUGCGGGCCGCGAAAGUGGGGAUGAUGCUCAACUUCUUGGGCUUCCACAUGUACAGGGCGCUGAGCGAGUCCUGGAGCACGGCUGGAGGGACCGUCCUGUCCCCAACGACUCUCUUUGGCACGCUGGCCUCUCUCUACUUGGGUGCGUUAGACCCCACGGCCAGCAGACUGCAGACGUUCCUGGGCGUCCCCGGGGAGGACCAGGGCUGCACCUCCCGGCUCGACGGCCACAAGGUCCUCUCCGCCCUGCAGACCAUCCAGGGCCUUCUGGUCGCCCAGGGCGGCGCUGACGGCCAGUCCACACUGCUCCUCUCCACGGUGCUGGGCCUGUUCACAGCCCCUGGCCUGCGCCUGAAGCAGCCCUUUGUGCAGGGCCUGGCUCUCUUUGCCCCCAUCACCCUCCCGCGCUCUCUGGACUUGUCCACGGACCCGGAUCUUGCUGCAGAGAAGAUCAACAGGUUCACGCAGGCAGUGACAGGGUGGAAAAUGGACAGACCCCUGUCAGGAGUCAGCCCAGACAGCACCCUACUUUUCAACACUUACGUCCACUUCCAAGGAAAGCUGAAGGGAUUCUCCCUGCUGGCGGGGCCGCAGGACUUCUGGCUGGACAACGCCACCUCGGUGUCGGUCCCCAUGCUCUCGGGCACAGGCACCUUCCAGCACUGGAGCGACGCCCAGAACAACCUCUCCAUGACCCGUGUGGCCCUCAGCAAGAAUGCCUGCCUGCUGCUGGUCCAGCCCCACGACGCCUUGGGCCUGCAGAAGGUGGAGGCCCUCACCUUCCAGCACAGCUUCCUGACGUGGCUGAAGAACCUGUCUCCCCGGGCCAUCCACCUGACCAUGCCCCAGCUGACACUGCAAGCCUCCUACGACCUGCAGGACCUGCUUGCUCAGGCCAAGCUGCCCACCCUGCUGGGUGCCGAGGCGAACCUGGGCAAAAUCAGUGAUGACAAUCUCAGACUCGGAAAGGUGCUGAACAGCAUCUUUUUGGAACUAAAAGCAGACAAGGGAGAGCAACCCACAGAGUCUGCCCCGCAGCCGGAUGGGCCCAAGGCCUUGGAGGUGACCCUGAACCGCCCGUUCCUAUUUGCCAUUUAUGAGCAAGACUCCACGGCCCUCCACUUCCUGGGCCGUGUGGCCAACCCGCUGAGCGCGGUGUGAGGCCUGGCCCGCCACCGAGACGCACUUGUCACCGUGAGCAGGCAGGAGCCCACAACAGUGCUGAUUUGUCACCCGUCUUCCACUCUGCCUUCCAGUGAGUCAGCUUGGAGCUGGAAAGAAGCCGUUGUCCUCCCAUCUAACGAGCAGCAGAACCUGUGGGCAAAAGGCCUCCUGGGUUCUUAGGUUUAUCUUGGGC